AGCUCUACGAUUUCUCCGCUCUCGUUUUCAAUUUCUAGCAUCACACAAUCCCCAGCCCUCAUACAAAUCUCUCCCCAAAAUUUCCCAGAAUUCAACACACACAAAAACACACACAAAAGGUGAAAUAAAAGAGCGAAGAAAUUGGUGGAGAUAGAUACAGAGAUUGGUGUAUGUAAUGCAUCAGAAGAAAUCAGAAGUUCAGAUCGGAAAAGAAAGCAGUGGCAUCUCUUCCGAUUUUAACCCUACUCCACCCCUUUUGUUCCCUUCCACUGUUCAUCAGAAACACCCCCAGCAAUCGCAUAAUUUUCAUCUGGGCUUUGAUAAUCUUGCUUCUUCUGUCAUCAGUGGCCCUCAUAAUUACCAAUUUGCCACUCAGCAGGCUGGUUUGCAGGAUGAUUCAGGUACCCUUUUGGCUUCACCCAAGACUACGCCUCAUAAGAGGCCUAUUGUCAGCCCGGUUUCGAAAAAGAAUGCGUCUUGGUUGAGUUCUUUGGGGAAUUUUCAGUUUUCGAGCUUGAAAUCGGAGUACCCACAUAGAAUCUUGAGUAAUUCGGGUAAAAAGGUGGCUGCUUUUAAGUUGUUUUAUAGGUUUGGUGAAUGGAGGCGUAUUCGGGUUCAUAUUAGGUUGAUUUUGUUGUUGUCAUUGCCGUUUUUUUACUUUUUGGUUUCGCAUCCUAGUAGCUCUUUUGUGCUUGAUUUUCUGUCUGCUUUUGCGUUUUCAGCUGCAUUGUUGUUUUCGUUGAAUCUUGCGUUGCCUAGGUUGCCUUCGAUUAGGUUGUUUCUUGCUAGGUCAUUUCCUAUCAAGAUUGGGUCGAGGCACGUGUCCAAAUCUGCACUGCCUGUUUUUUGGUCAAUAGGGUCGAGGUCUAAUUUGGAGAAACAGGUGAAUUCGGGGUGUUGGGUGCAGGCUUAUAGUAAUGGGGAUGUAUAUGAGGGGGAGUUUCAUAAGGGGAAAUGUUCGGGAAGUGGUGUUUAUUAUUAUUACAUGAGUGGACGGUAUGAGGGUGAUUGGGUUGAUGGGAAGUACGAUGGCUAUGGAGUGGAAACAUGGGCAAGAGGGAGUCGAUAUCGUGGGCAAUAUAGGCAGGGAUUAAGGAACGGGUUUGGUGUUUAUCGGUUUUAUACAGGGGAUGUGUAUGCAGGAGAAUGGGCCAACGGGCAGAGUCAUGGAUGUGGAGUUCAUACUUGUGACGAUGGUAGCCGCUAUGUAGGGGAAUUUAAGUGGGGCGUUAAGCAUGGUCUUGGCCACUACCAUUUCAGGAACGGUGAUACCUACGCUGGAGAAUAUUUUGCUGACAAGAUGCAUGGCUUUGGUGUUUAUCGUUUUGCAAAUGGGCAUAGGUAUGAAGGGGCCUGGCAUGAGGGCAGAAGGCAAGGAUUAGGAAUGUACACUUUCAGAAAUGGGGAAACCCAAUCUGGACACUGGCAAAAUGGGAUUAUGAAUGUUCCAAGCACACAAAACAAUACAUAUCCAGUAUCACCUGUUGCUGUUUAUCACUCUAAAGUUUUGAAUGCAGUUCAGGAAGCACGACGAGCUGCAGAGAAAGCGUAUGAUGUUGCAAAAGUAGAUGAAAGAGUUAACAGGUCUGUCGCAGCAGCUAAUAGGGCCGCUAAUGCAGCUAGAGUAGCCGCAGUAAAGGCUGUGCAGAAACAAAUACAUCCCCGGACUACCAGCGACGAAAUUCCUAUCCCGAUAGUACAAGACUGGCAUAUUUCUCAGCAAUUGGCGGCGUAAACACAAACCACUUUACUUCUACAAGAUCGCAGCAAUAAGACAACGUUUAACACAUAAGUAUCUUGAUUUUGAGCGUUUCUCUUUUGUGUCGUUUCUUUCCUGGAGAAGCUGAACUUGCAUGUCAUACCAUCCACACCUGUUCUCUGGUACGCUGAUGAUAGCUGAAUUUUUCGAGAAGCUUGGUUUACGUUUGGGCUCUCACACUCCGUCUCGUCUCAGGAGAAUGUGGGAAGCAUAUAGAUGCAACUGUAAUGAUGCCAUCCUAUAUCAUAUGUAUAUAAUGUAGGUAGGUGUAAUGUUAUAAUAUCUGGAUUAAGGGAAAACCUUCAAGCCAGUAUGUCUUGUAACUGAACGACGAGUACUAAUGGAAGUGGUGUAACAAUAGUAGUCUAUCA